AUGGGGUAUGGAUAUCGUGGGGCCAUUCCCUUUGGCUCCCGGGCAAAAGCUCUUUCUACUUGUGGAGGUAGAUUAUUUCUCCAAAUGGAUGGAGGCAGAAGCCCUUGCCAGGAUAACAGAGGGAGCGGUCAUCCAGUUCCUAUGGAAGAACAUCCUGUGCCGAUUUGGAAUCUCUCACAAACGGAGGUCACUAACAGGGAGAUAGUGCGUGGGCUGAAGGUUAAGCAGGACUAUGUGGGAGGCGAUUGGGUCAAAGAUCUCCCCAACAUUCUUUGGGCAUACCGUACAACUCCACGAAAAAGUACAAUACUCACUCCCUUCCAUCUCGUCUACGGCAACGAAGCAAUCGUGCUAGUUGAGGUUGGAGUCCCGUCCGACCGGCAAUUACUGUAUGACCCUGAGAAUGCAGAGCGACGACUUCUCGAGCUAGAUCUAAUCAGUGAAACCCGUGAGAGGACAGCUGCCCGGUUAAUCGCGUACCAUCAAAAGAUGCAGCAGACCUAUGACAAGAAGGUGAUCCCCUGCUUAUUUGGAGAAGGGGAUUUAGUAUGGAAAAGGAUCAAACGAGUCGGAGAGGUAACUAAGUUAGCACCUCAGUGGGAUGCCUCUUACAAGGUCAUUAAGAAACUAGCGUCCGAUGUUUAUUAUCUACAGGAUGCUCAAGGUAGAUGUUUGGAUCGCCCCUGGAGUGCUAACUACCUCUAG